UUUGAAGUCAAAUCGUGAUUUGGUAAGCGUUACUUAGUUACUUGAAAUACAUAUUUGGUAUUCGACCCAUCGCAAUGAAGAUUACAAGACAAUGUGCCUGAUCAAGAUGAUUUUGAAAUCGAGUACCAAGUUAUUUAGAACAUUCCACAAAAUAAAUCCGUUCAAACCGAGACAAGUGUCGCAGUAUUAUCCAAUUGACGAACAUAUAUUUGGAUUGAAUGAUGAGCAGAUUCAUCUCAGGGAUACUAUUUUUAAUUUCGCACAGAAAGAAUUGGCUCCAGUGGCAAAUGAAAUAGAUAGGAAUAAUUCGUUUCCAGAUUUGAGGAAGUUUUGGAGAAAGCUAGGCGAAUUAGGAACUUUAGGAAUAACUGUGAAUUGUGAAUAUGGUGGAACCGGUGGAACUUAUUUGGACCAUAUCAUUGUUAUGGAAGAGAUGUCUAGGGCUUCUGGUGCCAUUGGUUUGAGCUACGGUGCCCAUUCCAAUCUCUGUGUCAACCAAAUUCAUCGAAAUGGAAAUGAAUCUCAGAAGACGAAGUACCUGCCUAAGCUCUGUUCUGGAGAACAUAUGGGAGCUCUUGCAAUGUCCGAACCUGGAUCUGGAUCAGAUGUCGUCUCAAUGAAGCUCAAAGCUGAGAAGCACGAAGAUUAUUAUGUAUUGAAUGGUACCAAGUUUUGGAUCACUAACGGCUCAGAUGCAGACGUACUGAUUGUUUACGCCAAAACAGACCUGAAAGCGAAACCUCAGCACGGAAUCUCAGCAUUCAUAGUGGAGAAAGGUUUUGAAGGGUUCAGAACUGGCCAGAAACUCGACAAACUGGGGAUGAGAGGAUCUAGUACAGCUGAACUCAUAUUCGAAGACUGCAAGGUACCGAAGGAAAAUCUUCUUGGAGCCGAAAACAAGGGUGUUUAUGUACUGAUGAGUGGUUUGGAUUUGGAACGGUUAGUUUUGGCAGCUGGUCCAGUUGGAAUCAUGCAAGCUUGUUGCGAUGUUGCAUUUUCAUACGCUCACGUCAGAAAACAGUUCAAUACCAGAAUUGGGGAAUUCCAAUUGAUUCAAGGGAAACUUGCUGAUAUGUAUACAACCCUAGGUGCGUGCAGAAGUUAUCUAUACAAUGUAGCAAAGGCGUGUGAUAACAAGAAAGUCAAUUCUAAAGAUUGUGCCGGCACUAUUUUAUAUUGUGCUGAAAAGGCCACUCAAAUGGGAUUGGAUGCCAUUCAAAUAUUAGGUGGCAAUGGUUAUAUCAACGACUACCCAACUGGCAGAUACCUCAGAGAUGCGAAACUGUAUGAAAUUGGGGCUGGAACCUCUGAAAUAAGAAGAAUGGUUAUAGGAAGGGCAAUAAAUUCAGAAUAUCCAUAAAAUAAAUAUAUUUUUAUUUGAAUAUAAACAUAUUGGUACGAUAAAUAAUUCAACAUUCCACGUUCAACAUUACAAUAAAAUUCGUUAUAAUAAGCAUAACAAUUCGAAAAGUGUUCAACUUAACCUAUAAAAAUAUUACUUAUUUUUA